AUGACAUACAGAUGAAUUUCUGUAACAGUGUGAGUAAAGCAAAACUCUUGACAAAGUUGUGUGAGGAAUCUGAGAGACUCUUUAAAAAUGAAAAUGAUGAGCUGCGUUAUAAACGAGAGUGGCUUCAAAUCAACCUCAGCACUCUGAUGAGACACAUGAGAAAUGAAAACAGGACAGAUGACAAAGUGGAGACACGGCUGUGCAGUUGAACAUCACUCUAACGGUUCAGUCAUAUUUCUUCAAGGCACUGAUGAAUAUGCCUAUGAUGGAGAGAACUUGACCUUUAACCUCUCUAUGCACUGGAAACCUUUAGUCCUUGAGCACAACAUCAUCUGGAACAGAGAAUCAGUUUCCAGCCUGGAGAAGAAAUGUGUGGAAAUGCUAACCAGCUUCACUAACCUUCAACGAGAGGAUGAGAUCAAGACAUGUAAAAUGGAUAUCAUGAAUAGCAGCCUACAGUGGGUGUGGGUGGGUGUGUGUGUCAUUGUAUUGUUAGGUUUUUUGAUUGGUAUUCCCAUCAUUGGUCUCUCAUCUCAUCGACUGAUAAAAUAUUUUAAACAUCCAGAAAAGCAGAAAACACUGAAGACACCAUCACAAGAGAAACUGUUGACCCUUUAUAAAACACAGAUGGAGCCAGAACUGUUGAAGGAAAUAAGACCAGAAACACGUGCAGGUUUGGCUGUUGCUUUAAAUGCUGCUUCAGAUGAUGAAAACCCUGCAGAUGACAGUCUGGAGAAGGUUCAGACUGAGGAGCUUCAUGAAACUCAAAGUCUUUGUGAGGCUAAAGAGACUCCAUCAGCAGCUCCUACAGCAGCUCGAGGGGCAAUGGGCUCUAAAAACAUCUCUCUGCCUAAUUUUGCCAUGGAGAGAGAAGACACAGAUCAGAACUAUUUUACCCAGAAUGCUCUGCGGUUAGCACUAAUACAACAUUGCAUAUUCAGGAACAUUUCAAUGCCACACCUUGCUCUAGAAAGAAAGGACACCAGUGACUCCAGUUAGAUCAGUUGAUUUUCUUAUGGAAUUUAUAUGCUGAAUUAGAUGUUACUUCCGUCAUCAAUGCCAAAAGUACAGGGACUUCUAAAUGUCAUAUGUGGUUGAUAUUUCCUUACUUAUUAGUCAUUAGUCAUUCUCUAACAACUCUUUUAAUUUUAAGAUAAAAUAUCGCAAUUGUACUGCUAUCAUUAAGUAGUUAUUGCAUUUUUAGUUGCAUAAGAGACUUUGAGGAAACUAAAUGUAUUCAGAAUCCUUUGUUACUUUAAUGUUGAUAUAUUCAAUAUAUUUUCAGUUUUAAAAUUAAAUUUUAGAGUGGUGAUUUCCAGGCUAGAAUAAGUCAUGGAAACAUAACUAUGGCAUUUUAUAUUGACAUAAGGAAUACUUUUAUAGUUAUGCUAAGUUCUAAAAUACUUUAUCGACAUAUUGCACUCUUUUGUACUUUUCUGUUUUGUACUCUUUGUAUUUUAAGUCUAAAAAAUUGUGUCUGUUUGUCUUAUGUGUUGUUCUGAAUGCAAGUAAAAGCUAAAAAAAAUAAA